AUGAGAUCAGACAUCAGCCUUGCCGUGCUGUUGGCACUGGCUCAGACAAUCUUUGCCCAGCAAACACCGUACGGCCAAUGCGGUGGUAGCGGCUGGACGGGACCGACGACGUGUACGGCCGGAUGGCACUGCGAAAAGGCAAACGACUGUAGGUCUCUAUCUUCAUCUGCCAGCGCCGCGCCCACGGCUUGUUCUGGUUCUUUUAGCGACAUCUCGGGGGCGGACUACGUCAAGGCUAUGAGCCCGGGGUGGAACCUGGGCAACACUCUUGAUGCCAUCCCUAACGAGGGAUCUUGGAACAAUCCACCCGUUGUCGAGAAGACGUUCGACGAUGUCAAGGCUGCCGGGUUCAAGAGCGUCCGCAUCCCAGUGACCUACAGUGACCAUUUUACCGGUGCAGCUCCCAACUACACCGUUGACGCGGCUUGGCUGCAGCGCGUGUCAGACGUUGUUGACAUGGCCACUGCUCGAGGCCUUUACGUUCUCACGAACGUACACCAUGACUCCUGGAACUGGGCCGACGUGACAAAGCCGACCUCAGACGCAGACAUCCAGACCCUAAACGACAAAUUUUACAACCUCUGGCUUCAAAUCGGCCGCAAGCUCGCCUGCAAACCCAACCUCAUCUCCUUUGAAUCAAUCAACGAACCGCCCGCCACAACAGCCGAUCAUGGCGCCCGCAUAAACACCCUCAACGACCUCUUCCUCAAAGCCCUCGCCGAUAGCGGCGGCUUCAAUACGCGCCGCGUCGUCAACCUCGUCGGCGGUGGCAUGGACGCCACCAAGACGACGCAGUGGUUCAAGGCGCCCGCGAGCAUCAAAAACCCCUGGGUGCUGCACUACCACGUCUACAGCCCCUACGACUUCAUCUUCUCUGCGUGGGGUAAGACGAUCUGGGGCUCGGAUGCGGAUAAGGCAGCGAUGAGGAACGAGAUGGCGAUUGUGAGGGGUAACUUUACGGAUGUGCCGUUGGUGAUUGGGGAGUUUGACGCGAGCCCAUUGAAUACCGAGCCCGCCGCAAGGUGGAAGUGGACAGAUGAGUUUGUGAGGACUGCGGCGGAGUUGAAUACUGCUGUUGUGAUUUGGGAUAAUGGGUUGGAUCAUCUUGAUCGUAAUGCGCAUACUUGGCGGGACCCGACGUCGCUUGCCAUUCUCAACACUGCCGUCAAGGGGACUAAGAAUUCCUUGCCCGAUAGCACUACGGAUGCAUCAGCCACGACGCAGUCAUCAUCCGCAUACGUCUGGAACAAAGUUGGCACUGCGCCGGCGGAUCAGACGCUCCCCUGGCUGUUUAACGGCAACACGCUGCAAUCGGUGAAGACCAGUACUGGAACCACGUUGGCUGCGAACACAGAUUACACCACAUCGGCGUCCUCGAUUACCUUCAAGGCCGCCUUCUUGUCUAAGUACCUGAGUGCUACUGCUGCGCCGGGGAGCAAAGCGAACCUGACUUUGGCUUUCUCUGCCGGGGCGACGUCGCAGGUCGAACUCGUGCAGUGGGAUGUCCCGGUGGCGAGUGCGACAAGCUCCAAGGCCGUUGCGGGCGCUGACUUGAAGAUCCCCGUCACAUACAAGGGACUCAAGACGGUUGCUGCUGUCAAGGCUUUGCGGAGCGAUGGGGUUUACUUGUUUGAUGACUGGACGCAGUACCUUGGGCCAUUGCAGCAGGCUCGCAUUACUUUCAACGGGCAGUGGAACUAUGACGGCGGCAACAUUAUUCUGCCUUCUGCUACGGUUCAGGCUGUCGUUUCCGCUGGCAAGGCGACGACGUUCACGUUUGAGUUUUAUCCAAGGGUUCCUGGCAACAACAUUACUUAUGCUUUGAACCCAUGAGUAGCUGUGCUGGAGCGAAGUUGCUUCUUAGGUUGUGAGCUUCGGGCAGAUCAUUAUUGAUGAAAAGAAAGCUUGUCAAAUGUGAUUUCAAUUUCUUCGUAAAUAUUCUACAAUUUUUACAUGUUCUGUAAAUAGGUAGUUGAUUACACUUAUUUUCAAGUUCCUGUGCUUAAGUCAACUGGUACCUCUGAUUCCAGACACCAACAGGCCAACUUCGUUUCUGUUAGGCUAUCUUGUGGCGCGCCUUGAUUGUAGGGCUUUGGGCUUUGGCAAAGUUCAUGUUGGUUGCUGUCUCUCAC